CCAGCUUACAGUUAAAUAUAAAAUAAGCUCAGCAUAUUUUGUUUUAGUGUGACGCUAUUAUAUUGCAUAGUCAUUCUAAUAAUAUUAUUAUUUUCAAACAAAUUUUUUAAAGCACUAAUAUUGUUAAUAUUGGCAAGAUAAGAUUGCAAUGAAAGUGCAUGUGUCUCAUGAUGUCAUAAAUUAAUUAUUGGGAAAUGCAAUUGAAAGUUUAGCAGAAUUUCACAACAAAAAAACAAAAAAAAAACAUUAUUAUAAACUAAUUCCGCAAGAGAGUGAGUGUAAUAAAAAUAGUUCUCGCGAGACUUUCAAAUACGCCGGUUAUGCUGUGCUACUUUAGUGUGUUGGAAGGAUUCAAACUUAAAGAUGUGUGCAAAGCAAAUUGGAUAAACAAGCAAAUAAAAUAAAAAUAAAAAUAAAAAUAUUUUAAAAAUUUCCAAAAUGUCUACCAAAGUGCCACCAGCAUAUAUCAAUGCGAAUUAUAUACAACAGGCGAUGGAGUGCUACUUUGAGAAGUGUGUUAUCAUAUUGGAAUGCACGUUCAAAUGCAUCGCCCUGGAAGGUGAAUACUGUUCUAGUGAUAUCUAUAGAACGCAAGUGAAAUUUGAAAUAAAUCGGCAUGGUCGUCGUGUGUACGAUAACAUGUCGAUCAUCGUGAAGGAUGCGGUAAUGGAUGUGAGCGCACCAAUGGGUACCAAUGAAUUGGUUAUGUUUAAGCAUGUAUUGCCGCAUGUGAGGCGUAUACUGUCAGAGGUCACGUUUUAUCAUUAUCAAGUGCCUGAGACUGAUCAUCGGACAUUGUUAACCAAAAUGUUUGCAGAUUGCUUGUUCUGUGAACGUGGUAAAAAUGAAGUUUUCGUACUGGAAGAUUUGAAGGCGUCUAACUAUAAAAAGGUGGAUCAUCGCAAGGGACUGGAUUUGGAACUAUCAAGAGCCGUUAUGAGAAAACUUGCAGAUUUCCAUGCAGCCACCAUGAUAUAUCUGAAUACGUACCCUAGUGCGGCAGCGACACUAUUCCCAUCAACGUUUGCUAACGGCAUUAGUCCGAUUAGCCGGCAUGCGGCUAAAGUAUUUGAGGGCAUGCGCACCGCUAUUAAGUUGGUGGAACAGUGGACGGGCUUUGGUGGUAUCGCUGCGUCUAUGCGCAUAUGGUUGGAAAAUUGCAAUGAGCGUCUAACACAGGUACUGCAGACCGAACGUUGUCGUUUCCAAGUUAUUGCGCAUGGUGAACUCUGGGCGAAGAAUAUACUCAUGAGGAUGAGCCAGAAAUAUUGUGUUGGCGAACUGCGUGAUGCUGCAUUUGUUGACUUUCAGUUGUCCUUCGUUGGUAGUUGUGGUUACGAUUUAAAUGUCUUUCUCAACACCAGCGUCCAAUUGGAAGUCUUGAAAGCACAUCGUUAUGAGCUGCUGCGUUACUAUUACGAUCGCUUAACGGAGACACUAAAGUAUUUAAAUUGGGAAGAGGAGAAAAUACCCAGUUGGGAGACAGUGAUGAGUGAGGUGUAUGAUCUGGAAUUCAUUGGUUAUUACGCUUUGCUGUAUUUGCUGCCAAUCAGUUGUAUGGAACGUGAGGCUUCCACACAGGACAAUGAAAAGCAACAUACAUCGUUGUAUGAAAACGAGAGAGUACAGGAAAUGUUUCGUUAUGCCUUGGAACGCUUCGCUAAGCUGGGUGUGUUAGAAUGUGUAAUUCAAGAAUCGGGCAAUCCGCCGAGCUGAUCUUGUAUGUAGUUCAAAUAAAAACAUAACUAAUAGUGUUAAGGUACUGAAAAUAGUA